CUUUUGAUUUGAUUUUUGGCGGAGAUUAAAAACAUUCAAUAUUCAAUAUACAGAACUAUGAUAUAUAAUGUGGCAGUUGUUUUCUCAAUUCAUGCCCUCUUAUGCGUAGUUGACAUUUAUGGACUAGUAAAUCUUGCAUUGCGAAAACCUACUUGGGAGAAGCAUCCUUGGCCAGAAUUAGAGAGAGACUAUGGGAGUGAGAAUGCAGUGGAUGGUAUGUACAGAAAUCGAAGUGAUGCUGGUGGUCAGUGUACAAUCUCAGAUGACGGGAAAUACACGGCGGAAUGGAGAGUAGACCUUGGAAGUGUGGUCAACAUCAAACAUAUCAAUAUCUAUUACAGGACGGAUCACAUGGAAUAUCGUAGUCAAUAUAAAGAUAGAUUGGCAGGAUUUUUCCUUUACGUAUCUAACUCGACUACUAAAGAUGGCGGUUUUCUGUGUUUUCAUGACUUAUCAACCGUAAAAAGCACCAUAUCAUGGGACCAGAAAAUCAGCUGUUCUGUGAAUGGACGAUAUGUAAUUUACUACAACGAACGUAAAAUGGGCGUUUCAUAUCCCCACUUCUACUCAAAAUAUGCAUUCAAUGAACUGUGUGAAGUUGAAGUAUAUGGAUGCAACAGAUCAUUUGGGGAGAACUGUUCACACAAAUGCCCUACAAACUGCCAGGGAAGUAUAUGUGACAGCAAUACAGGCCAUUGCUUUAGUUGUGAAUCGGGAUACAAGGGUCUUAAAUGUAGCCAGGAAUGCCGUAUAGGUCAUUACGGUAAGAACUGCGUUCAUAACUGCAGUACAAAUUGUAACGUGACCAGCAGAUGUGAUAGGAUAACAGGACAGUGUGAGGGAGGAUGUAUAACAGGAUGGACAGGGAACUCGUGUAACCAACGUAUUAACAGGCAAUCGUGUGAAGAGAGCUUAAAGAAUAUCCUAAUUGUGAAUGUUUUGAUAUCAACUGCAAUCAUAGUCACAGGGAGUGUAAUUAAUUUUAUCAUAUGGAAAAGAAAUGCAGCCAAGAACGCUCAAAUGGGCCUACCAAACAUUGUGUCACAUCAAAAUACAACAGUCAAAACAAAAGAGAAUGAAGAUCAACAAUAUACAGAACUUAAAGAGGAAAAUGAAAAAUGCAAUACCUACGAGGAAAUGCACAAUUAUUCAAACUAAAAUUGUAUUUACAUUGGGUAUAAGAUAGACGGCCUAAAGAAGAGUAAAAUUUAUCAAAAUCUUUGACUUUGACUUAUUUUGAAUCUUAAGGUUAUUUAUAAUUUGAAAAAUACAUUUUCUAAGACAUAACAUAAAAUUCCCUUUACCAAGGAAAUGUACUAUAAAUGGAUGGUAUAAAACAUAGCCGAACCUUAUCAAAUCAUUUGACCCUGACUUAUUUUUGGACUUAUCAAGGAAAAAAAAUAAAAAAGAAUUUUGGUAUACCCUGAAUACACAGACACGGCAUUUAGACUUGAUAUCAUCAUUCUUUUUUACUUAUGACAUUUGCCCCAUAUUACAAAACCUAGGAGUAAAAAGAAGACGUGCUUUUUCCCUACAGAAAAAUACCUACUAGUGAACCUAUGUUUUCAUAAAAAUUAAGGAUGUUGGUAGUGUUUAAGCCAUUAAGAAGUAAUGUCCAUAUGAUGACAAACAUAUCCGAUAAAUAUUUGUAUAUUGCAUUAACUCGUCUUAUUUAGCUAAGGAUUAUAAAGAACUUUUACAAUUGAAUUUCAUAAGUGUUUGUAUUCUCUUUUUUUUAUUGUUUGUUUGUUUGUUCUUUAAAUUAUUUGUUUGUUUGUUUU